AUGGAGUCACAGCAGAACUGCAUUUGGACUCUUUGGCUCGGAGAGAUGCUGGUCCAUAUCGUUGCUCAGCUUCCAAUGAUUUUGAGCCACCAGAGGCCCCCAGGACGGGUCGACGUGCAAGAAGUGGGAAGUCGGUGGGUGAGCGUCUCAUGGGGGGCACCAUACUCAGGUCAUGCUCCUAUCUCUCAUUAUGUGAUACAGUUUCGUGAGGAGGAGACCACACUGGGUGGAGGAAUGAGUUCAUGGAACAAUGUUACUGUUGGAGGCAACAUUCACAAGGCCCGCUUGGGUACCUUGAGACCUGCUACAUCCUACAAGUUGAGACUACUGGCUGUCAAUGAGGUUGGGGCAGGGCCUCCCAGUGAGUCUACUCUUGCCCUAACUUUGCAGGAAGCCUCCCUUAGUGAGUUACUCCAAUGGAGAGAUCCUGGGAUACCAAGUGGGGUACCAGGAAACAGUGCUCCAUCCACAGCCCCUCAACAAGUGCGUACAGUGAGAGGACACCGCUUGGAGGUGACACUAACCUCUCUACACCAGUUCACCUGUUAUGAGGUGACAGUGCGAGCAUUCAACCAGGUGGGGUCAGGCCCUGCCUCACCAACACAGUCUGUAACAACAUUGGAGGGUGUUCCAGACAUGGCACCACAAGACUUGCGCUGCUCUGCAUUGUCUCCACAGAGUGUACGAGUGAGAAGGGUACCACCACCAAUUGAACAUCAUAAUGGAGUCAUUGAGGGUUACAAUGUUUUAUACAAGCACAUCAGUUUUCAAGGAGGUAUGGGAUCAGAUGUGGAAAUAAAGGAAACAACAAAUCUUGAGACAAAUCUUCAUGGUUUGGCCAAGUUUGCAAACUACAGUGUGAGAGUGCUGGCAUUUACUACAGCUGGUGAAGGAGUCAGGUCCAAUCCAGUCCACUGUACCACAGAGGAAGAUGUUCCAGGUCCACCUGAACAAAUCAAGGCACUAGCAAUGACAUCUGACAGCAUUAUGGUUGCCUGGACAAGACCGCUGGAACCAAAUGGCAACAUUAUCAAGUACAAUGUGUACUACCAUUCAUUGCUGCGCAAAGAUGAGCAUAAGGAGACUGUGUUUGGUGACAGAGAGCUGACCUAUGAAGUUCGUCGACUCAAAGAAUUCCAGCAAUAUGAAUUCUGGGUGACUGCCUCCACAAUAAUAGGAGAGGGACAGAGCAGCAUCAAGGUUCCCCAAGCACCAGUCUCCAGAGUCCCAGCACGGAUAGCUUCGUUUUCUCGACGAGUGGUAGGAGGAGCAGGUCAAGAGCAUUAUGUUAGUAUGCCAUGGCGUGGGUCUUCCUGAACCUAAUCGUAAUUGGCGUGGUCCCUCUGGUAACUUCAUUACCCCAUCGUCAGGGAACAGGCAUCAACGAGUGCUCCCAGAUGGGGUAUUGACACUUGGUCCACUUAGGCCAGAAGAUGCUGGUAACUACUCCUGCUUGGCAGAGAAUGUU